GAUAUUAGUGUUGCUAAAAAAAAAAAAAAAAAAAAAAAAAAAAAAAAGAAAUAUUAUUAUGAGGUUGUAACUGAAAGCUUGAAUUCACAUAUCAUCUAACCCAGCUGGCUUCAGUUUUUUGUUAUAUUUACAAUUCAUUUUCAAGCCUGCUCUCCUCUGCCUGUCUGUCAGGAUGUCGGGGUUGGGAGUGCGUGCGGGUGAGCGCGUGGUGCUGGUGUGGGGUCUCCCCUCCUCUCCUGAGGCCCUGAAGGAGCUGGCACAGAAUGUGGAGGCAGCGGGUUCAGGGGUGCGUGUGUCUCUUGAAAAUGUCGACAUGCUGCUGCUGUCCUCCCAUGCCCCGUCCAGCUUUGACCUGGUCCUAUCAGGACUGGUGCCGGGCAGCGCACUCGUUCACAGCUCUGAGAUACUGGCGGAGAUAGCUCGUAUCAUGAAACCUGGGGGCAGGCUCAUCCUGGCAGAGCCUGUUACUAUCAAAGGUGAUGACAGCAAACUGAAAACAGCAGGCAAGCUGUUGUCCGCUCUGAAACUCUCUGGAUUGGUUGAUGUGUCGGAGGUCAAAAAUGAGACACUGAACGCAGAAGAGACUGCAUCUGUGAAGGAGGUUACUGGGUACCAUGGCAACAGCCUGUCAAGAGUUCAAGUGUCAGCAAGCAAACCGAACUUCGAAGUGGGGUCAUCAACACAGUUAAAACUGUCCUUUGGCAAGAAGGCUGCACGGUCAGAGAAGCCUGCCCUGGACCCCAAUGCUGCAAAGAUGUGGACGCUAUCAGCAAACGACAUCGAUGAUGAUGAUGUGGACCUCUUGGACUCUGACGCCCUCCUGGAUGCAGAGGACCUGAAGAAGCCAGACCCGGCCUCACUCAAAGCUACCAGCUGUGGGGAUGGGGCUGGCAAGAAGAAAAAGGCCUGCAAGAACUGCUCAUGUGGUCUGGCUGAAGAGCUAGAGCAGGAGAGCAAGAGCUCCAAGAAGAACAUCAAGAAGGACACCCAGCCCAAGUCAGCCUGUGGAAGUUGCUACCUUGGCGAUGCCUUCCGUUGUGCCAGCUGUCCCUACAUGGGAAUGCCUGCCUUCAAACCAGGAGAGAAGGUCUUGCUGCAGGAGAACCAGCUCAACGAUGCAUAGACGCAUCCACAUGAAAAUAUUCAAAACCCCUCAAAAACACUCCUACAUUCUCUGCACAAUCCCACUGUCAAACAAAGACUUCACAAAAAAAUCAAGAAAGAGCUUUCAUUCCACCCGUAACUGAGAGGACACGGCUUUUCAAUUAACACACAACCACUGAGCCUGGGUUUCAUUAGCUCUUCAUUGGGGGACUUUCCCAAAACUAUCCUUCCCUGAGUGAAUCUGACUGUAUUCUCUGGUGAUUUAUAUUUUGCUGGUAUGCACCACAAGUCAUUCGUAGGCAAUGUGUCUUCAACUUGGAAACUGCUAUUAAAAAGGUUUUGAUAGUAAUCUGAAUUAAAAGUAUUCAAGUUGUUUGGUAUCAACAGGGCUUAUGUAACCAGUAACAGUGAUCUGAGAGUUUACUUUAACCAAAGUACUUCCCCAGUUUUAUGCAGAAUAGUAGAUAAAAGAAGUUAAUCUGUAUGUGGUAUCAGUUUAUAUACAAUUAAUACAUGAUUAAAAAAUGAUUACAAACUU